AGCUAUCAGCAAACAAAACUGAAGAAGCAGGAGAGCAGGGUCUACAGAUCGAAGCACUACAGGUGACCAGCACUAUUUCUCCAAUCAUGAGCAAAGAAUCAGAAGAUACUGGAGAUGAAGCUCCGAUUUUCAAGCCCAGUAAUGAGAUUACGAUCCUUCAAUCCAGAAUCAUUACCUCUGGUAAUAUUCCUAAAGCUCUGAUUGAUUCGGAUGGUGAGAAUAUGGGCUUCGGAAUAGAGCAACUACCUUUUUGCAAUGAUCCACCAAGGUGCUCUGAUAGUGAUCCCAAUGGUCCACCAAAG